AUGAAAAAUAAUUUAAAAGACUAUUUAGUUGAAGAAGGUGACUCUUUUAAUAAAGGUUGUGCCAAUGCUUAUAGUCAUAUAACAACCUUAAGAUAUAGUCAUGAAGGAAAUAUAUCUGGAUUUUGUGAAUAUACCAAUUUCUGGCUCUAUGGCAAGUUGAAAUUAACUGAUAAAAUUACAUAUAAUAAGAUACUGCAUGAUUUUUUUGAAAAUCUUGAUAAUUUUUACGAUUGCAAAGAGUAUGCGGAAGCUAUUGACGAAAAUACAUAUAGUGAUCUUAAAAAAUUAGAUGAAUUGUAUGAAAAAUUUUAUAUUUUUAAAGAAGAAUCUUCAACUGACGAUCAUAAUCGUUGUAUAAAAGGUGAAAUAUGUGCCCAAGAAUAUAAGAAACUCGAAAAUACAUGUGUGCGAAAUGGUAACAAUAGUUUUUGUAAUGAAUUAGAAAAAUUUCGAGUUCUAUUUAAUAAUCAUCUUGAAUCAAUGAUUAAAUGCAAUAACAUGGAAGAAUUACAAUCUUUCCAAGGAACUUCACUAGCUUCUACCAUUUCACUCCCACUUUAUGUUAUGUCAGUGGGUAAAUUUUUUGUACAAAAUUAA